GUUUCAUAGUUACAUGUCACAUGACAUAACUAUGUAAAAAUUGUGUAAGCAGCAGGUUUAGUCAUCCAGCGAAAGUUUGGUCCAUAUGGUCAGUGCCUCAACCACCCAAAGAGAAACUGAUGAUGUCAAGCUUGGUCAAGACAGAGGCAAAGAGUACUUAAUACAAAUCUGUUUUCCUUUCUUUCUUCCUCUCUUCUUCAAGAAAUGUUAGAUUUCUGGCUACACUUGUACUCUAAAAGCUGUGAUAUGCUGGUAGACUGAACGCGUCAGAAAUACUGGUUAUCAGGAUGCAGGCUUUCGGUGAGCUCUCUGUUUUUAACAUCCCAUAGUGUAAUUUCAACCAAAAUUUGAAAAUGACUAUUCGAGCUACGCUAUUUAUACGUUGAAUCGCUGACUAUUGAAUCUCACCUUACAGUUCCUAAGAGCCGGAGGGUAUAAAAUAACCAAAUACCCUACACUUCUCUGUUCCUGCUCUGACUUACUGCUUACUCUGAUCAUCUCUUAGCCUAGAUUUACACUGAGCCUACGUGUAUGUAGGACUAGUUUCCCCAAGUGUGGUGGCAUCCACUAACACGCACGACAGAUCAUUGAUAUGAUCAAUGUCCCUUUGGUAGUUGGUACUGCAUACGUCAAAUGGCAACUACCAUCAUCGGCGUCUGCCGACCACAAUGGUCAUACGGAAAAAGCCUUGCUUCAUGAUCACAGGGCGUCCUGGGAUUAUGAGAAGCUGACAGUUGUUAGACUAACGGUUGAUCGGAACCAGAUGUUGCAGGACUGUGAUCUUCAGCUUGAUAUCUUCCAAGAGUUUACUGAAGGAAAUCGGGCUGACAGAGUACCACUGGGAAAUAUCAAAUUGAAUCUUUCGGAAUACGUGGAUAAAACGGAGAGCGAUGAAGGAAUCACGAGACGAUAUCUGAUGCAGAACAGCAAAAUCAAUGCCACAGUCAAAGUUGGCAUCGCAAUAACCCAGAUUGAAGGCGACAGCAACUUUACUGCGCCGCCACUUAAACCUGCAACCGUAUUCUCUGGAAUUGCCGGGGUUAUGUCCACUGAGCACGGCGAACUAAACAAUGAUGGUCACAUUCCCUCAGUCAAUAACAGAGGUCGCGAAUACAGUGAUCUUCAAGACAUGUAUCGCUCUACUUUAGCCGCAGCCUGGGCGACACUCCCUGAUGAACUACCUCCGGAUCAACUUAUAGAAAAUAUAUUUGCUGGCGGGGACGGGUUUCCACAAAACCACUCACGACCUAAGGCUAAUGAUGAGGAUGAGGUGCAUGAUAAUAAUUCGCUGAGUGAUGCAGGAUCACACCGAACCAUUCGCGAUAGCAAGAAUUCUCCCGACCAUAUUCCGAGAAUCAAAGAUCUCUUUACUACCCAUUCACGAAGCGAUAGCCGGCACUCUGAUUUUUCCUUUGGAGCAGUAGGCAAGGAAAGGAACGAAACAGGCGCGUUCGAGAGAUCUGGCGGGAAAAGACGGAAGAGAAAGACUCUUACAGAGUUUGAUUAUAGGGAAGAUCUACGCAGCUGGGAGAUUACAUGGGCUAAAGAGGAUCCACAGCGAUAGCACUGAGAAGCGACGGUCCGCUGGUUGUAUCAUAUCGGUUAAAUGUUUGCGAACAUGGUCAUUUCGCUGUACGGCGUUUCCCAUGCCUGCAAGCACGAGUUUUAGCGGGGAGGCAUUUUUCUUAAUAUACAAUGAAGUGAAUCAGUAUAACUAUCUAUAUACGUAAAUGUAU